AUGAUUCCAUAUGUUCAUCUAGCCAACAAACUAGCUGAGAAAGGUCACCUGGUAACUUUCUUGCUUCCCAAGAAAGCCAAGUUAAAACUCGAACCUCUCAGUCUCUUCCCGGACAGCAUUGUCUUCGAGCCUCUUACUGUUCCUCAUGUUGAUGGUCUCCCUGUUGGCGCAGAGACAACCGCGGAUGUCCCAAACCCUACUGGGAAUUACAUUUACGAUGCCAUGGCACUCUUACGCGGUGACAUCGAAGCAAAGGUUCGUGCUUUGAAACCAGACGUCAUUUUCUUCGAUUUUGCUGACUGGGUUCCAGAGAUGGCCAAAGAGUUUGGAGUCAAGAGUGUGAAUUACCAGAUCGUGUCCGCAGUUUCUACUGCUAUGGCUCUUGCUCCUGGCGCUGAAUUAGGGCAUCACCAGCCACCGGGUUAUCCUUCUUCGAAAAUGGUGUUACGUGGGUACGACGCUACCCUCUGUUCUCUCUUCGCCAGUUCCUGCUCAAUGCUUCUUCGUCGGAUCGCCAAUGGUCUAAAGAAGUGCGAUGUGAUAUCCAUAAGAACAUGCGCAGAACUCGAGGGUGAAUAUAUUGGUUUCAUCGAAAGAGAAUGUCAAAAGAAAGUUCUCUUAAGCGGUCCACUGCUCCCUGAGCUUCAAGAGAUUGCCUUUAUGGAGAAGGAGCAAUUCCAAGAACUUUGUUUAGGAAUGGAGCUUACAGGUUUACCGUUUUUGGCAGCGGUUAAGCCGCCAAAAGGCUCGUCAACGACUCAAGUAGCCUUACCAGAGGGGUUCGAAGAGCGGGUUAAAGGGCGUGGAAUCAUCUGGGGAGAAUGGUUGGACCAACCUUUGAUAUUGUCUCAUAGAUCAGUAGGUUGCUUUGUGAACCACUGUGGAUUUGGUACAAUGUGGGAGUCUUUGGUUAGGGAUGUUCAAAUUGUGCAUAUUCCGCAAUUGUAUGAUCAAGCUCUGACCACAAGAUUGUGUGCUGAGGAACUCGAGGUCUCUGUGAAGGUGCAAAGAGAAGAUUCCGGAUGGUUUUCUAAAGAGAGUUUGAGAGAUGCGGUCAAUUCUGUGAUGGACAAAGAUAGUGAGAUUGGGAAUCUUGUGAAGAGGAAUCACAAGAAACUGAGAGAGACUUUGGUUAGUCCUGGAUUUUUUAGUGGUUAUGCUGAUCAGUUUGUUGAAGCAUUGGAGAAUGAAGUCAACAACAUGGAAUCGUCUUGA